AUGAGUACAUCAGAACAACAUUCAGGUGAUUCAGAAAUAAGAGAUUCAAAAAAUUUAGAAUAUGAAGAAUAUCAAUUAGAUAAUUCAACAAUAGAACAAGAACAUCAACAACCAAUAUUAAAUGAAAAACAAUUAAAUAAAAUUUAUAGAAAAUUAGAUUUUAGAAUCAUUCCAGCAUUAUGGUGUUUAUAUUUUUUAACAUCAUUUGGUUCAAAUUGUUAUGGAUUAACAUUAACAAUGAAUUUUGAAAAAAAUCAUUCAUUAAUUCAAAGUUUAGGUUUAACAAGUCAUCAUACUGCAACUGCUUCUGCUUUAUAUUAUGUUGGUUAUAUUAUAUUUGAUGUUCCAAUGAAUUUAAUAAUGACUAAAGUAAGUCCUCAAUCUUGGUUAGCUAGAAUUGUUAUAACCGUGGGGUUAGUAUAUACUUGUUAUAGUGCUUUACAUUCAGCUGGAGCGUUAAUUGCUAUAAGAUUUAUAAGUGGUAUGGUUGGAGCAGGUACUUGGCCAGGUAUGAGUUAUUAUAUUUCUUUAUGGUAUCCAAAUGAAAGAUCAACAAGAAGAAUUGGUUAUUAUUUUACUGCUGCUCAAAUUUCAGCAGCAGUUGCAGGAUUAGUUAGUGCUGGGUUUCAAAAAUUAGAUGGUGUUCAUGGUUAUUAUGGUUGGCAAUGGAUGUAUAUGGUUUAUGGAGUUAUAACUAUUGCAGUUGGAAUUUCAUUAUUAUGGUGGUUACCAGAUAGACCUUUUAAAGUUAUAAAAGAGUCAAAUUCAAAAAUUAUGAAAAUUUAUAGAAAAUUUUUUACACCUGUUUCACCAUUAAAAGGAGAAGAACAAGAAUUACAUAGAAAAGAUUUAGAACAUAGAUAUAAACUAUUAAAAUGGGGUUGGAAAGAUUUAUUUGAUAUAAUGACAGAUUUAAGAAUUUAUCCAUUAGUUAUCAUGUAUUUUGGAGUUGUCGGUACAGGAUUUGGUUUAGCUGUUUUUGGUUCAACAAUUAUAAGAACAAAUGAUCCAAGUUUAUCAUCAAUUCAAGUUUCUUUAUUAUAUGCCCCAAUUUGGUUAUUUGAUUUAGGUGGGAUUUUAAUUAUUACUCCUUUUGCUGAUAAAUUUAAAAAAUUUAGAGCUUUAAUAUUUAGUUUUGCUUGUGUUAUUAUUAUUGUUGGUAUGGUUGUAACAACUUUUGCUCAUGGUUCAUGGAAUAAAUAUGGUGGUUUAUUAAUUGCAGGUUUUGGAUUGGGUCCAACUGUUCCAAUUUGUAUGUCUUGGUCAGCAGAAAUUUUUGGACCAAGAUAUGGUGAUGUUGGUUGUGCUGUUAGUUCUGCUGUUGUUUCUGGUUUAGGUAAUUUAGGUUCAGUUACUGCAACUUAUGCUUUAUAUAGUGGUUGGCCAGCUGAUAAGAAAAGAUUAUAUCGUAAUUCUAAUAUGAUGUUAGUUUUAAUGUUAGGAGUUAGUAUAAUAGCUUCAGGUGUUUGUCAUUUAUUAAAAGAUAAAAUUAGACAAAAGAAGUAG